AUGUCUUCUCUCGAAGUUCCUGCUGUCACAUCGGCUUCUACUACAGAACGUUCAGUUGCUACUUCCAUUCGACCUCGAGUUUUUCAUAUUGUUUCACCAUUAACGGGUUCGAAAGCAACAAUUAUUACAACUGAUACAACAUCUUCACCUAAUCAUGCACCUGUAUUCAUUCAAGCAGCACCUCGAAUUAAUCGUUCCUCAAUCAAUUCAAAUUCGAAUUCACGUAAACGUAUUUAUCCAUUUACUCAAGAAACUGAUACAAAUACUUAUCUAUCAACAUUAGCUGCUCAUCGUCAUCGUGAACGUUUAUCUAAAGGUUUAAGAUAUUUUUCAAAAAAAGUUUGUAAUAAAGUUCAAGCAAAAAAGAUUACAUCCUAUAAUGAGGUUGCUACAGAACUUGUUGGUGAAUAUACAAUUGAAGAAAAACGUAGUAUACAAUUACCAGAAAAUGAAUUGGCUUAUGAACAAAAAAAUAUUCGACGAAGAGUUUAUGAUGCAAUAAAUGUAUUAUUAGCAAUGAAUAUUAUUGUAAAAGAUAAAAAAGAUAUUCGUUGGGUUGGUUUUCCUGUUAAUGCACUUUUUGAAUGUGAACUUAUUGAUAAAAAAAUUAUUGAAAUUAAAGAAACAAUACAAGAUAAAGUUCGAUUAGUUGAAGAAGCUUUAUUAAAACAAGUAGCUUUACGAAAUUUAAUUCGUCGUAAUCAACAACGUAAACAAAUGAUACAAAUGAAUAAUAUGUGUUCGUUACCUUUUUAUGCAUUUGGAACAUCCAAUGGCGUUGCAAUUGAAAGUGCAUUUUCAUCUGAUGGUCGAGAUACAAUUGUAACAUUUGAUCGUCGAGUUAAAAUUAUUAAUGAAACUGAUUGUUUACAUAAACUUGGUUUAUCAAAAGAACUUCGAGGAGGAAUGAAAUCACAAUAUGAUAUUGAACAAGCACGAGCACUUUUACCUGAAGCAUUUAGUGAUUUUGCUACAGAAAUGGCAAUGUCAGGUUCAUUAAAAACAUUAUUCGACAAUCAAACAUCAUCGAAUGUAAAAAAAGGAAAAACAACAACAACGACAACAACACCUGUUGUUUUUGUUCCACCGUCGUAUUUUAAAAUUGAUGAUGAACCUCAAGAAAUGGAAUAUGAAGAAGAAACAUUCGAUGAUGAUGAUGAUGUUCUUUCCAUAUCAACUGAUGAUGAUGAAACUACUCAACCAUCUUCAUCUAUGAAUUAA